AAACUAUGUUUUUAUUGGAGUAAAAUAAAAGAAAUUAAUACAUUUUUUCUAUGUCUACAUAGUACAUACAGAGAAGGUGGGACUUUUUCUUAAAAAAAAAAAAAAGACCAAGGCAAAAUUAUGAUAAAUGGACUUAUAACAAAUUAACAUGUCACUCGAGAGAAAUUAAAGCCAAAUGUUUCGAGACCAUGCAUUUCUCCAAACAUUAACUACAGAGCAUAUCAACUACAUUCUACUUAAGUUUGAUGUGAUCCAUAUUAGUGGACCCAGUACGAAAGUAGAGUGACGCCACGACAUGCGUAAUUUUUUUUAACUUUUCCUUACAAAAAUAUGAAUAGUUUCAAUCAUCUUCCAUCUUUAUAAACCAAUGGUACUCUCCUUCUUCAUCAUCAAGUUGAAAACAAUAAACAGUACACUUUAAUUACAAAAACUAUGAAGAGAAACGAGCUAGUUUUCAUCCCUAUGGCCGGAAAAAGUCACCUGGCCCCAGCAGUUGAGUUUGCAUAUCAGUUACUAAAAAAAGAUGAAAGAUUUUCAGUAACUUUUCUUCUGAUAAGCUCUGUACUCGAACAGACUCCAACGCCACCGCCCACUAUUUCCCAUCCCCAUAUACACUUCAUACCAGUUCCAAAACCCUUGGAAAUUCCCUCACCAGAGCUAAUGAAAAAAUCCUUUACAAACUACCUUCUGCUUUACAUUAAGAGUCACGCUUCUCUAAUCAAGGACAUCAUAGCCAACCGCUUCUCCGCCUCAUCAUCGAAUCGCCUCUCUGGCUUGGUCGUCGACAUGUUCUGCACCGACAUCAUCGAUGUUGCCGUAGAACUAGGGGUUCCUUCAUACUUGUUCUUCACCUGCGGCGCGGCCACCUUGGGCUUAAUGCUCUACCUCACAAGCCACGGAAAACUCGAUGGCACUGAGCCAAAUUCCGAACACCACCACAUAUCUACCUAUCUCAACCCAGUUCCAAAGAAUGUUUUACCUGAUUUUGCCUUUGACAAGCAAGAUCGGUUUGGGAGUCAAGGCGAUCAAUUAAAAAAGACCAAAGGUAUAAUCAUCAACACAGUACUCGAGUUGGAAUCCCAUGCGAUUAGCUCACUUUUGGACGGUGUAAAUCCACCAGUUUACACCCUCGGCCCCCUUUUGGACGUAAAAGGUAAAAUUAACAAUCGACAGUCAUCAGAUCAUGACGAGAUCCUGCAGUGGCUUGACAAUCAGCCGCCGAAGUCUGUGGUGUUCCUCUGCUUUGGCAACUACGGGUCAUUCAAUACAACUCAGCUGAAAGAGAUCGCUACUGGGCUCGAGCGCAGCGGCCAAAGGUUCUUGUGGUCUGUACGGAAACGCCACCAAGAUAAUCUCGGUUCAACAACAGAUUUCGAAAAUUUCGAUGAAGCUCUACCAGAAGGAUUCUUGAGGAGGACCAAGGAAGUGGGAAGGAUAUGUGGUUGGGCCCCACAAGUGGAGGUCCUACGACACCCGGCCACCGGAGGUUUCGUGUCCCACUGUGGUUGGAACUCCGUACUGGAGAGCUUUUGGUUUGGAGUGCCGAUUGUGACAUGGCCAAUGUACGCUGAGCAACAAAUGAAUGCGUUUCAGUUGGCGAGGGAUUUGGAGUUGGGUGUUGAGCUAACAUUAGAUUUUAAAUGGGGCGAUGAAGAUACUGUAGUAAGUUCGGAGGAGAUAGAGAGAGCCCUUCAAUGCUUGAUGGAUGGUGGUGAAGGUGGGUUAGUGAGGAAGAGAGUGGAGGAGAUGAGUGAGAAGUUCAGGGAUGCUGUGUUGGAAGGUGGAUCUUCCUACGAGUCUUUUGGAUGUUUCAUUGAGGAUGUUUUGACUAAUAUCGACUCCGAUAAAAAUCACCUGUCCCUACAAUAACAACUUUACAUUUGUCUACUUUAUUUAUUUCAUAUAUCAACUACAGAACUUUGGAAUUCUUAAUCAAAAAAUAAUAAUUUUCACUAUUUUGAAAAUGCGAAAAA